CGACGAGAUCCCCUGUGGUUCUCCAUUGCUAUGCACAUUGUGUCUUCUGAAAAUUUCUUUCCUGUUUUCUAAUUUUAUUUAUUUUUAAAGAAAAUUCAUUAUGUAUUACAAAUUAUUGCUAGCAGCACUUGGCUUUUUCGUCAGUUCGGCACUUUCUAAAUCACCGCAUGAGAAACUUCUUGUCGUAUCCUACGAUGGCUUCCGGUAUGACUAUCUCAAUCUGAAUAUUACACCCUACCUCAACUCGCUCAAAAAGAGUUCAACGUACGCCAAAUGCCUCCUAAACGUCUUCCCUACCCAGACAUAUGUUAAUCACUUUUCUCUGGCGACAGGGCUAUAUUCUGAAGCUCAUGGUGUUAUUGGCAACUCAGUUUACGACAAGGAGAAGAAAAAGGUGGUGGGAUACUCCUAUGAUCUCUUUCACUACAACAAAAACGUCAUUCCCAUAUGGACACUGAAUGAACGGGCUGGCAAAGGACGCCACAGCGGCGUAAUGAUGUGGGCAGGGGGUGAAUAUGAAUAUGGUGGAGUGAAUGUCACCUUUUCAAAAUCAUACGACGAAAACAUGUCAUGGAAUGAAAGUGCAGAAACAGCUUUGUCAUGGUUUGUUCACCCGGAAACUCCAGCGAAUCUGGUUAUGUUAUAUUUCGAUGAGCCUGACAACCAAAGCCACAAUUCAGGCCCGGCAACCGUAUCAGAGAGAACUCGGGAACAGAUAAAAAAAACUGAUAAUAUCACAAAAUAUAUUAUGGAUUACUUGAAGAAAAACGACCUUCAAGAUGUUAAUGUCGUGUUCUUAAGUGACCACGGGAUGGAAGGUAUCACUUUAAAACAAAUUAUUGACCUUACUAAGUUUGUUGGAAACAAAACUGACAUGUAUGGAGCAUCGCCAGUUUUACAGAUAUAUCCUAAACCAGGAGAAAGUGUCAGAAGGAUAUAUAAACUAUUGCAUUCUGCUGCCAAGAAAAAUAAGCAUUUUAAGGUUUAUUUGAAAAGAAAUAUACCAAAGCAUUUCCAUAUUAAGAACUGUAGAAGAACUGCACCAAUAAUUGCAGUGGCUGAUCCUCCUUAUGGCUUUCAGGAUUACUAUAAAUCUAUCCAAUGGCAAAUUGAUAACCGAGGAGAAUCGCCCACAGGUGUUUAUGGCAUUCAUGGAUAUGAUCCUCGUACGAUUAGUAUGCAUCCAUAUUUUAUUGCUCAUGGUCCACUGUUUAGGAAAAAUUAUGCUGCAGGAGUAUUGAGAACUGUAGACAUGUACCCUAUGUUUGCUCAUGUUCUCAAUCUUAAAUUACCACGUUUCAGACCUAAUGGUUCAUUCUCAGGAGUAAAAGAUAUUUUUCGGCAUAAAUAUUAACUCUGAACUUGUUUAUGAAUAAAGGCUCCGAGAAUUUUGAUUGAAGAAAAUGUGAGAAGUUUUCUUCUCUGAUUUAAUUUUUUUUUUCACCCCAACACAAUGUGUGUAAUAAGUACGCUACAUUUUUUUACAAAAUAUAUGAAAAAUAUUUUUUUAUAUGCUUUGUUAAAAAGUGGCUAACAGUUUAUCAGCAACCUUUAUUUAAUUGUUGAGAUAAGUAGAAAAAAUUAUAAUAGAACAAUAAAGAACACAAUAAAGGCUACCAUUAAAAUAAAUAAAUAAAACAAAAAAAAAAAAAGAAUUUUUACUAAUGUAACUUAAUUUUAACUUAGUGCAUUUCAAUAAAAGUAAUACAAAAUUUUCAUAAAGUUUAUUAUUAUUUAUUACUUAUAAAAUUAAAACAAAUUUUAUAGAUUUCAGCAUGAAAUUUAGUCAGAACUGUUUUCUAUUUAAUAUAAUUUUGGAAGAUUUGCUUUUACAAUUUUUGAUUGACUUUUGUCAGUGCCUGAGUUAAAGUUAAGACCUUCCUUCGAAAAACUUUUUUUACAUAAUAAAAUUAUUUUCUUUAUUUGGUUUUAUAUAUAAUUAAUAGAAAUGAAGUGUAUGUAAAUAUAAAUUUGAAAUAAAAAAAGUUUUAGAAUUAUAGAUUUUAGAAAGUUAGAGAUUUAUUAAAGCUUUGAUUUAUUUUUAUAAAAUGUAAUAUAAAUAUUAAAAUAAUAAACAAAAACUUCCUGACUAGUUAAAUAAUGUCUGCCAAGUAAGAUCAGUAUAGCUUCCUCACCGUAUUAAUUAGCUAAAAAAUGUCUAUAUUACUUCUUCUUUUGCCACGUUAGUGCCAUCAACGUGGAGGAACAGCCUUGACCCAUCUCGUCCACUGAUCCCUGUCACAUCCCCUCCUUCUCAUAUCCACCAUGGUGCUACCUCUGGCUCGCCCGAGGUUCUCCAAGUAGUCACAAUACAACAGCCUGGGCCUGCCUCUAGGUCGUCUUCCCUCUGGUUUUGCUUCUAGAUACUAUUUUGCCUUUCGGCUAUCACCCAUCAGGUACACAUGACCAAACCACUUCAGUUGGCGCUCCUAUAUUACAAUUGACGCUAUCUAUAUUACAAGGAUAGUUCAAAGGAAGAAAUAAAAAUGAACAACUUCACCCUGGAAUAUGUAGAAGAAUAUGUUUACUUGGGACAGUUAGUUUCCUUUUCAGACAGAGUUACAAAAGAAGACCAAAGAAGAAUAGCAUUUGGUUGGAACAAGUUCUGGUCUCUGAAGUACAUAACAAAAGGAAACAUAAAUAUCGACCUAAAAAGGCUAGUUUUCGAUAAAUAUAUUAUACCAAUGGUGACCUAUGGCUCCCAAACAUGGUCACUGACAAAAGCCCAAGAGAGGAAGAUCAUGGUGUGGCAAAAUAGCAUCGAAAGAAGCAUUAUGAAAAUAAAGAAGAUAGAUAAAAUCAGAUGCAAGAAGAUAAAAGAAGAAACAUGGCUCAAAGACACACUCUCACAAAUAAGAAAAGGCAAAUGGAAAUGGGCUGGACACCUCCUGCGAUGCAACGACAAUAGAUGGUCAAAAAUAGUCACCGAAUGGACUCCAUAUUACCGGAAAAGGAUGAGAGGCCGACAAAUUAAGCGAUAGAGAGAUCUAUUUAGGCUUUUGGCAGGACCUCUCUGGUGGAGAGCAGCUAAGGACAGAGAUGUGUGGAAAGAAAAAUGGUUAAAGGUCAGAAAUCCCGCUUCCUAGUAGGGCUAGUCACCCAGGGAAGUGUUAAAGACUAUUAAGCCUAAGGGAAGGCCUAUGCAAGAUAACAAAGUUUUGUAUUAAAGUUAAAGUUUUAUGACAAAGUUUUGUAUAAAUUAUAAUACUUAA